GGGGUGCUCUGGUGCCAUGACUUGAGCCCAUGGCGAUCUGGGUCAACGUAGCUUUUGUGGGCUUGCUUCUGUGGCCAGGCGCCCAAAGCGCAAUUCCGAUCACAGAGAAGAGUCACGCGCUGCGCAAGGUUUCACAGCUCCUCAAUGAAUUGUCUUCACAGCUAACAGACGAUGCCAGGGAGGACAUCAAGCAGUUCACUGAGUUUGAAAACCUGACCAAGGCGAACAUUGCAGCUGCAAAUGCUACCGUGCAGAAAAGCACUGCUGACGUGGCUGAGCUGAAAGCCACAAUUGCUUCAGCCGACGCCUUCCAGGCGGAGAAGAAAGGUCAAUUGGCUGCAGCAGCAGACAGCCUCCUAAAAGCCCAGCAGGACCUGCAACUUGCCAAGCAGCAGCGCCUCUCAGAGAAGGAGGCCUUCAUCAAGAAUUCCCAGCGGCUGCAGCAGAGUUCAGAAAGCUUGAAUUUGGCUUUGACAACAGUGAAAAGUCUAUUCAAAGAUCCUUUGCGAGAGAGCCCAGCAGCCCCUGCAGCCCCUGCAGCUCCAGCUGCGGGUCUUGUUCAAGCCACAAAGCAGAUCAGGACUGCGCUCAAUGCUGGCGCAGACGAGCUCCUGACAUCCAACCAGCAGCGUUUUCUUGCCAAAUUGCUGAGUGCUCCAGCGAGGUCUUGGCGUCAAAAGGCCCAAAUUUCUCCUGGUUUUCUUCAAGUCGAGCGAAGCCAACAUAAAGAAUCCGAACAGGGCCUUGAAGACCUGGACGGUCCAACGGAUGGUGUUGGAGACUUGACAGUGACCUUGAAACAGGUCAAGGAGCAAACAGAGAAUGAGAUGUCUGCCACACGCAAGGCAGAGCAGAAGUCGGCUGAAGCCUUCCGAGAGCUCACAAAGUCUUUGGAAGAUGAAGUGACUGCUCGGCAGACUGCCCUCACAGAAUUGAAGUCCUCAAUUGCUUCGUCAGAGGAGGCUGCUGGUAAAGCCAAGAGCAAUCUCAUCUCUGCAACCAGGAGGCUAACCGUGACGAACCAGCAGUUGGUUCAACUCCAGGCAGAUUUGAAAGACAAGGCUAAGGACUUCAAAAUGCGGCAAAAGUCGAGAGGAAAAGAAGAGGAUGUUAUCAAAAAGGCUGUAAAGAUUUUAAGCGGGCCGCAGAAGCCGCAGGUGGCAACUAGCUUUCUUCAGCUUGCUUCCGACCAAGCGCAAAUCCAUGCCUUCAGCAGUCGCAAGGUAGCUCGACUGAUGAGUAAAGCCACCAGCCCUGGAUUGGCUGCGCUGCUUCUGGAGACACAGUCCUCGGGAAGGAAAGAUGUAUUCCAGAAGGUCAAGGCGAUGAUCCAUGACAUGCUCAGCAAGCUGCAGGAGCAGCAAGCGCAAGAUUCACGUCGUGAUGCUUGGUGCAAGGCAGAACUUGCAAACACACAUGAGUCGAAGGCAAGCAAAACCGCAAGAGCGGAUAAGAUGAAAACAAAGAUGCUUGCCAUCAACGCCGAGCUUGCUUCACUGAAGUCGGACAUUGCUACAGGAAAAGAAGAGAUUAGUGUGAUGAAGGAAGCACUCAGCGCAGCGAAGUUGCAGCGACAGAAAGAAAAGCAGAAGGCCACAUCUGAUCUCAUCAUGUAUGAGGAGGACCAAAGAGUGCUCAAGGAAGCAUUGUCAGUUCUUCAAGAAGUAUACGACGAAGCACCGGUGAAAGGGGACAAGCAUGGCUACAAGGCCAAGGCACAAGGCUCUGGCGUCGUUAGUCUUCUGCAAGUUUCGAUGGACAAUUUUGCUGAGCUUGAAGAGGAAACUCGCACAGCUGAAAAGCAGGCAUCGGCCGAUUUUCAGGAGAUGGAGUCAGCCACACAGAUAAGGCUUGCGACCUUCCAGAAGGAUGCGGAGUACAACAGCCAAACCUUCACGAAACUUGAGUCCGAUUUGGUCAGAGGGAAUGCCGACCUCAAAAGCUACCAGAAAGAGGUCAAGGCAUUGGACAGCUAUUUGGAAGAGCUGGAUGCCUCAUGCUCUGUCAAGGGUUUAAGUUUUGAAGAGCGCCAACAAAAGCGGGAACAACAACUGGCGUCUUUACAAGAGGCAUUACGUUCACUCAAUCAGAAAGAUUGAGGAUUUGCUGCUAUUCUCACUUGAGUGCAAAAAGUCUUGGCCCAAAGCACAAGAUUCUUGGUGCGGGAGCAAGUGCCAAGACCUGGGCAAGAUUCAGGGACGUGCGGAUUCUAAAA